AACUUUCCAAUCCAUUCAGCAUCAAGCAAAGGUCAUGUCAAGAUUGUUAAAGAGCUGCUUCGACAUUGUCCCGAUUCAAAGGAACUGAAGAACUUUAAUGGCGAAAAUAUACUCCAUGUUGCAGCAAGAUGCGGUAAAGACAAUCUUGUCAAAUAUUUUCUCAAAAAGGGUGAGUUUCGAAUGUUGGUAAACCAAAAAGACAGGAACGGAAAUACUCCUUUACAUUUGGCUACGAUGCACCACCAUCCCAAGGUUGUCUACAGAUUGGCUUGGGAUACAAGGACAAACUUAAAGCUCUUGAAUGAUAGGCACAUGACAGCUCUUGACAUUACAGAAAGCACUUUGGAAACUAUUGCAUCAUAUCAUGGGCGGCUUACUUGGACGGUAUUGAAAUCUGCUUUCGCACAGCGAGCUCAGAGUUUGCAUGUCCUCCAAAGAAAAAAACAGAGAUCGCCAUUGAAGUUACCAAACGAGGAAAGCAUUAGGGACAGGGUGAAUACUCUAUUGGUGGUUACCACACUUGUUGCCACAAUGGCAUUUACAGCCGGUUUCACAAUGCCAGGUGGCAACAACGGUGACCCCCCUCCGGAGGGCAUGGCAAUCUUGCUAACCAACGCUAUGUUCCAAGCCUUUGUGAUUUUUAACACCAUAGCUAUGUAUACUGCCAUCCUUGUUGCAGUCUGUCUCAUUUGGGCGCAGUUGGGGGACUUAAAUUUGGUGGUCACAGCUCUCCGUCUGGCAUUGCCGCUGUUGGGGAUUGCGCUUACCAUGAUUUCCUUAGCCUUCAUGGCUGGGGUUUAUAUGGUAGUUAGCAAUCUUCAUUGGCUUGCCUAUGUUGUAUUGAUCCUGGGAGUCCUUUUCAUUUUCACUGUCUUAGUAGUUUUCACUCCACUCUUCUGCAAAACUACUUCUGGGUCCCGCAUCUUUCGUUGGAUCACUUAUUUUCCCUUCCGUGUGGAAGUAUGGGCUUCUGGAAGUCACAACGAUGACUAAGAAGACGACUGAUC